AUGGCCAAAUUUUUCAUCGUCUUCCUUGCCUCUGCCCUAUGUUUCACCACACUCAUUCACUUCGCCGCCGCUGAUGCCGACGACUUCGACCGUUUCCAUAUUAAAGGAAACGUCUACUGCGACACCUGCCGUGUCCAAUUCAUUACCCGCAUCAGCAAAUUCCUCGAAGGAGCAAAGGUAAAGCUUGAGUGCAAGGGUCGUGAGAACCAGACAGUGACACUGACCAAAGAAGCUGUGACCGACAGUAUCGGAAACUACCAGAUGGAAGUUAUGGGAGACCACGAAGAGGAAGUGUGCGAGAUCGUCCUCGUCCAGUCACCGGACCCAGAGUGUAGCGAAGUGAACAACCAAGAGUUCCUAAGAAACGCAGCCAGGAUCAGUCUCACUGCUAAUGAUGGCAUUGUCUCUAACGAGACUCGAACCAUUAACCCACUUGGGUUCAUGAGGAAGACCCCUCUCGCUGAUUGUCCUAAAGUUUUCAACGAGCUUGGAAUGAAUCUCGACUUCCUCUUUUCUCUCUACCGUCGCUCGAAGCCACCACCAAUCACACAGACGACGACGACGAUUUCUGCCGAUUCAUCGGGGAUUUGA